AUGUUCUGGACCAUCGGUUGCAUUUACGGUGCCUCUUCCGUGGCGUUGGGUGCUUUUGGAGCUCAUGGAUUGAAGAAACACAUUGCUGACCCUUCCAAACUCGCAAACUGGUCGACCGCAGCUCACUAUCAGUUGGUUCACAGCGGCGUCCUUCUGCUCGCUUCUUCUGUGGCGCCAAAGAACAAAGCUGCUGCCAUAUUAUUCACUGCCGGCAUCACGAUGUUCAGUGGUAGUCUGUAUCUGCUGAUCCUUGAUCCUCAACGUUUCAAAGCCUUGGGUCCGGUAACCCCCUUGGGAGGGUUGUGUUUGAUUGCUGGAUGGGGUGCUCUUGCACUGGGAAGUAAGGGAAAGCUAGUUUAG